GUGGGUUCAGCAGUUUUCCCCGGAGAUGCAGAGGUGGUACCGCUUGGCGCUGGCCGGAGGGCGGGACGCGUCAGAGAUACAGCCUCCCGGCACCGUGCAGCAGCCGGCCCUGCCGUCUCCUGUGGAAGAACUUUGCGGCAACAUGUUUCUUCCCGAGACCCUACCAGACCUACGUCACGGUAACUUCAGCUGCACCAACAUCGCCUACUAUAACAUCUACGUGCGCAUGUGCAUCGCCAAGUGUGACGUGGGCUACCAGACCGAUGACGCAGGCCUGCUGUUCUGCAACCGCGGCCGAUGGGCGCCGAUCCAGCCCGAAGUCGUGUCGACACUCGUCGGCGUCGGUCGGGCUGCCGACACGAUGCCGAACACCGACCCUCGGGCGUUAGAGUACCUCGGCAUCCCCGACGAAAUUUUCGCGGACGUGGCUUUAAACAUUUUAGUGAAGCUGGACUACGUCCCAAACCUUUCUAUCGUGGAGUCAUAUCUAGACAUGGUCUCGGAGAACAACAUCAUCGAUUUUGACAUGAUGCGGCAGUUGUUGAUCUGGGUCGGUCCAAACAUCGAAGACAUCAUCGCCAACCUGGACUUCCUGCAGAUCCUAUCUCGUCUAGAGACGUUUGGGGCGACCAGACAUCCUGUGUGCAAAAUUAUCAAGUGUGGGGAGGAAUCUGAGGGAAAUUGA